UAUACGGAGCAAGUCACUCUAAAGAAACAGCCUCAGUUUCCGCUUCCAGCAUGCUUUGCGCUGUUUAACUUACUUAACUAGCCGGCCAGAGGGACCAUGGCGAAUGUUGAGGAUGUGGAGUCUAAAAGCGGCAGCGGAGAAAAUGAUGAAAAACAAUUAGGAGAAGAAAUUAAAGUGAAAAUAAUUUGUAUCGGAGAUAGCGCAGUAGGAAAAUCCAAGUUAAUGGAGAGAUUUCUCAUUGAUGGAUACAAACCACAACAAUCGUCCACAUAUGCCUUGACUACAUUUAACUACCAAAUGAAAGUAAAUGGACAAAAGGUUUCAGUAGAUUUCUGGGAUACUGCAGGUCAAGAAAGAUUCAGUACCUUACACAGAUCAUACUACCAUCAGGCACAUGCUUGUAUCAUGGUGUUUGAUGCCACUAGAAAAAUAACGUAUAAAAAUCUGAGCAAAUGGCUGACUGAGUUGCAAGAACAUCGUCCUAAUAUUCCAUGUUUAUGUGCUGCCAACAAAAUUGAUGCUGAUAUGAAUAUGACAAAGAAAAGUUUUAACUUUCCUGAGAAACAUAAAAUGCCACUUUAUUUUGUAUCUGCUGCCAAUGGAACAAAUGUAGUGAAGCUUUUUACAGAUGCAAUUGAAGCUGCAGUUGGAUAUAAACUAAACACAACUGACUUUCUUGAUAAAGUGAUGAGAGAACUGGAGAAUUUUGAUGUUGAAGAUGAAGGAAACCUUAGUUUGACAGAUGAACAAAAGAAAAUUUGAAAGUCAAAAGAAGUCAAUUAUUUUUAAUAUUGUGUUAUUUAUUUUAUGACUUACUUCCUAGGAGUAUCAACUGAAG